UAGGCAGUCCUCCAGUUUUCAACCAGAAAAAGAAACAAAAGAGACGCCGCCGUGGAUGACUUCACAACCACCACUCCCAGGGCGGUGCUCCUCCUCUUCCGAACCUCUCCCCAACCGUCCCAUCCUUCCUACUCGGUGCUAAUGGACUCCAUCUUUCAAAAGCUAACCUACUAUCUCUCCGAGCAUCCCUCCAUUGUCACUUUCCGGUGGAAUCACACCCAAUCAUGGGGCUCAACCUGGUCAUUCCUCUUCUCCUCCAUCAUCUUAUACCUAGGAUUCUGCGCACUUGUCCAUGUUUUCUUGUCUAUUCUUCUCCGUCGCGGCCGUGCCGUCCCUCUUGGUCCAAUCCCUGCCUUUCAUAGCCUCUCCAUGGCGUUAAUUUCAGCCACUAUUUUCGCCGGUAUUCUCCUUUCAACCAAGGCAGAGAUUCGAGAGACCCGAUGGUUUUGGCGGCGAUCGAAGACUCCAUUCCAAUGGCUCCUCUGUUUUCCUCUUGGAACACGCCCUUCGGGUCGGGUUUUCUUCUGGUCAUACAUGUACUAUCUCUCUCGUUUUCUCCACACGUUCCGCACUUUGUUCUCUAUUUUGAAACUACGUAAACUAGCAUUCUUUCAGCUUUUCAACAACUCAAUAUCGAUCUUUAUGUCAUUCUUGUGGCUUGAAUUCUCGCAAUCAUUUCAAGUGUUGGCAAUUCUGUUGGCUACUCUGGCUUACUCUGUGGUUUAUGGGUAUAGAUUUUGGACGGCAAUUGGUUUGCCCAGCGCUUGUUUCCCUUUUGUAGUGAAUUGCCAAAUGGUAUUGUUGAGUUGCAACCUCGCUUGCCAUGUUGGGGUGCUUUUGCUUCACUUUAUGAAAGGAGGGUGUAAUGGAAUUGGGGCCUGGCUCUUCAAUUCAGUGCUUAAUGGAGCUGUUCUUUUGUUGUUCUUGAAUUUUUAUAUCAAGAUGCAUUUGGGAAACAAGAAUAAGGAGAUAAAAUCAUCAUCAUCAACAGCAGAAUCCACCGAUUAGAGAGGAAGGAGUUUUCUAUUUGUUUGUAUAGUGGAUAGCCGAAUAACAGGAGGGCAAGGCCUAAACCCUUCUUCCCACAAAGGGAAAACAGAGGAGGUGAAUUUUUUUUUUUUUUUUUUUUUGCCGAAGUAAAAGGUAAUACAAGGACAUUUUGUCUUGUCAAGGUGAGCUUUUCUUCUUCUCGUGUUUAUGAUUAGAUAGAAAAUGUUUGGUAUACAUACUAAAAAAAUGAUGUUUAUAUAUUAGCAAGUUGAUAAUUAGUUGAAUAUAGAAUUAUUAGGUA